AUGUUCAAGACCCGCAACAAGCUGACUUUCCUUGCGUUCAUACCUGACAGUUAUCAGAUUCCAGCUUUCAGCUUGUACGCAUACAGCCGUAAGAGUAUCUACAACUACUACUUCUUAACGACCAGUCAGAAAAAUGCACUUUACGCCUACGAAAAUAACAAACUUGUUAUAAAUGCGGGAAAAGUCGUUGGAGGCUCGAGCGCGGUGAACUACUUGCUGUAUUAUCGCGGCAACCGCCGUGACUACGACCGUUGGGCGGCCCUCGGCAACACUGGCUGGGACUACGAUACUGUCCUGCCAUACUUCAAAAAAGCAGAGAACUAUGAAGGAAAACUCUCUGCUGAAGACUUGCCGUAUCAUGGUUUGGGAGGACCACUCUCGGUCUCCAACUCGAUUUGGUUCGACCUUUCCAAGUAUGUCUUCGCGGCAGCCAAGGAAAUGGGAUUUGAAAAAAUUGAUCCCAACGCUAAAAAGAGAAUCGGAUAUUUCCUGCCGGAUUAUACCAUAAAGAAAGGCGAACGCCACUCAGCAGCAGAAGCCUAUCUCAAGCCCACCCUGAGCAGACCAAAUCUCUCCCUGCAGACUGAGUCGCAAGUUAUCAGGAUUCUGUUUAACAACAAAAACAGAGCUAUAGGAGUUCGCUACAUGCAAGGAGGCCGGGUUAAACAAGCGUUCGCCCGCAAAGAAGUGAUCAUCAGUGCUGGUGUCAUCAACAGCCCCAAGCUGCUCAUGCUCUCCGGCAUUGGGCCCAAGGAACACCUCAGAUCAGUUGGGAUAAAACCUCGGGUUGACGUGCCAGGUGUGGGUAAAAAUUUCCAGGACCACAUGACCCUGCACGGCCUCAACUGGCUGAUUAAGAUGGGACCAAACGAGGUCCCUGCAAUGUCCUUCAACACUUUCUUAAGUCCCCAAACCUAUAAGGACUACAAGGAGAAGAGGACCGGUCGUCUGACAAAUCCCCUGGCUCUGGUGGGGGUGAUCCAGAGGAAGCUGGGGAAGGAAGGGGACCCCGAAAUGUCUGAUCUCAUAUACCAUUUUUUCCAAGCACCGUAUUGGACGGACAGAGGCAUACUCCACGCGCGGGAGCGCCUAUUCAAGGAUGAGGUCUACCAGGAUUACUACGCCCCCUACGAGGGCAGGGACGGGUUCGACGUCCAAAUUAUGCUGCAGGUUCCCAGGAGCCGCGGCGCCGUCACUCUCAGGUCCAAGAGUCCCUUCGAGCCUCCAAAUGUCGACCCGAAUUAUUUCGAACAUCCUGAUGAUGUUGAGGAUCUUCUUAAAAGCAUAGAAUUCGCUUUGGAAGUGGGAAGGACGCGAGCUCUGAGGGAGGGUGUGAAUGCCACCUUUAUUGACAGGCCGCUAAUAGGCUGCAAGCACCUGCCCUGGGGCUCAGACGAGUACUGGCGCUGCUUCAUCCGCGCCAUGAGCACCACGGGCCACCACUUCUGCUGCACCUGCAAGAUGGCACCCGCCACCGACCCCAUGGCCGUCGUGUCCCCCAGACUCAGAGUGCACGGCGUGGACGGUCUCAGGGUUGUGGACCUCUCCAUUGUUCCCAUCGUGACUUCAGCGACCACAAAUGCCGUGGCGAUCAUGAUCGGCGAGCGGGCGGCGGACUUCAUUAAAGAGGACCACGGGAUGCUGUAGUCCGCAGGACCACGGGAUGCUGUAGACCGCAGGACCACGGGAUGCUGUAGUCCGCAGGACCACGGGAUGCUGUAGUCCACAGGACCACGGGAUGCUGUGGUCCACAGGACCACGGGAUGCUGUAGUCCACAGGACCACGGGAUGCUGU